AUGCCAACCUCACCUUCCCUACCAGACGGCUUCGUCAAGAGCUGGCCGAAGCUCCUAUUGCGCGUAGAAGGCGCCUGCAUCUUCGGCUCGACCAUCUGGGCCUACUCGCGAUCCAACCAGUCAUGGUGGACAUUUGCAGGUCUUCUGCUGCUCCCGGAUCUCGGCAUGGCAGGCUACCUGGCCAACACCGAGGCCGGGGCCGCCAUCUACAAUUCAUUCCAUACGGAAACCCCUCCGAUCCUGCUGCUGUGCGCGGGAUUGGCGCGCGACAGUAAGGCCGUGGCGGGGUUGGCGCUGUGUUGGCUCGCGCAUAUCGGCAUGGAUCGUAUGUUGGGCUAUGGAUUGAAAUAUGGGACUGGGUUCGGCCACACUCAUCUAGGCGAAAUUGGUUUUCCGGGCGGAAAGGAUGUCGAGACAUCUCAGUAG